GAGCCCGCGGCCCCGAGCGGAGCAGCAGGUGUUUCCUAUUUGACUAACGAGCGGACACGUUGUGGGCUUUUGUUGAGUCGGGCGUCAUGUGGGCCUGAGAGAGGAGCGUUUUCCGCUGCUGUUCGUUCAAAGAGUGUAAAAAGAAAAAAAGCUGGGGGGGUGUUUAUUAUUAUUGUUGUUAUUAUUGUUAUUAUUGUUGUUGUCGUCGUCUUUCCUCGGCGGUGUUUUAUCCUGACAGGUUGAGCAAGAACGCGCAUGUGAAAAUGGACGAUGGAGGCAAACAGCCGAAUACAUUUGGGAGUGGACAACAGAGAACUCACCAUCCCAGGCCGUUUUUCUACGUCCAGCCACCGUCUCAACCUUAUUACCUCUACCAGCACUGGCAUCUGAACAACCCAUACAGCCACUAUGGUUUGCCUGGAGGUUUUAACUUCGGCCGUCCCUGCAUUCACCCUUACCAGUACAUGCAGUAUCCCGGCUUUGUUUUCCCACAUGCUCCAAUUUACCCAAUGGACUACAGGCGAAUGUUUGAACCUCGGUUCCAGGCUCCCGCCUGGAGUGACGUGCCCCGCCAGCAGCAUCACCCGCAGCCUCACGGGCGUCGAGAAAUGGCCUGCUCAGAGGCUCAAACGGACCCCAGUGAUGCCAUAACCAAGCUCAUCGAGUGCCUGGAUAAAAUUCGAGCCAACGAGAUGCAGGGUGCUGAGAGAGAACUGGACUCCGGUGUCGCCUCCCAGUCCUCGGGGAUGUUUUCCCCAGGGAAAGAGAAGAAAAGUGAAGAGCAGGGUCACGUCCUGCCUUUGGCGCCCGAUGACAGCCAUUUGGAGUGUACGGCCAGGACCUUCAGUGACUCCACCACAGCGGUGUACGACGGUGAGUCCAGUCAAAGGUGCCUUGACGCCCUGAGCCCUCAGGGAUGCUGGUCAGGAGGCUUGGAAGAGGAGUUGCCCCUCGAUAGCUCCUCUGUUCAUGAGGAGUGUCGUGAGCUCGAGCAGCCAGCAGGACACGAACACUUUCUCCCUCUUGAGAGAGAAGAGGUCACGGAUACCCAGUCAGAUAUCUUAGUGACCGAUCCGAGUGUUCCCAAAUGCGAUGCCGAGCGCCUCCUGAAGUCGACACCGUCGCUGGCAGCUUCCUUCUCCUCCGGCCAGCCUGUGCUUAAGGAGGCUGAAAGCAGCGACAAAGUCUCAAAGACAGAGCAUCAGACAGGAUCUUUUGAUGAAACCAAAUCCGAUCCGAGCUACCAGAUCCUCAAGCUGCCUUUUGAGAGCGCCUUGACACCUGGGGCCGCAGGAGCUGGCCGCCUCUCCUCCCCUGCCGCCCCCUACUACUACAACUACCUCUCCAUGCAGACCACCCAUGAGCGGAUGAGUGUCCUCAGCCCAUCUCUUGAUGAGCUUUCCUCCCGAGACGAGAUGUUCUCCACAGAUCUGGACGACGAUCUUUUUUCCAAACACGUGUAUACCGGCGGGAGGCUCGCAGAGGUCGUUGGUGUAUCCCCUCAAGCUGCGGAAGACGCAGAGGAAGUGUGGCUGCCGGGUUCAAGGAGGUUUGUGUGCGCCUGCUGUGGGAAAAGCCUGGCAAAAGGUGCGGGUAGGAGCAAAGUCAACAGCCCCAAGGUGUACAGAGAUGAAGCCGGCGACUCUGAGGAGGAAGGCAGGUAUGCGAGAGGUUGUGAGCAGCCAGUCAGGGUGGUUGUGAGGAAGCACUCUGCGCCCAGGAAGCCUCAUUCCGUCCCACCGAGACAUGCGGGAAAACCUUGGUAUAAAAGAGGCCAACACAAAGAUCCCUCAGAUCCGUUCGACCAGGAGGCAGGUCAUGAUCUUUGUAAGCAGGAGCCAGGUGACGGUGAGGUUGGAGAGACGACUGGCAGCGAGCUGCAGUGCCGAACGUGCCAGGACAGACUCUGCAGAGAAGAUCUGACCACCUCAGGUCAAGGCAGGUGGGGAGACGGUGACGUGAUUCCCAGGAGGAGACAAGCAGCUCCUCUGCAACGACAAGAGAUGAGUGCUCAGAGGAAGGUGAUGUACCACAGGGCAAGAGAUGAGGACAAUGAUGACAAUGAUCCGCCACCAUUACACUGGGAGAGAGGCUCUGCCAUGAGAGGAGAACCAAGAUGUUAAUGUCCCUGGACUGACUUUUGAACAAAGUGUGUUGAACUGUCCCCCCCCCCCCCCAAAGGUGUAGAUGUUCCAGGAUAAUGUGUCUGAAAAUACUUAGAGCACCAGGUGAAAUGCACUGCACAGGAAGCCUCUUUUUGUUUAGAUAAAAGUUUAAAAAAAAAAAAAGAAAAAAAAUGUAUAAAGUUUCUGCAGUGACACUGCCUUGCACUAUUCAUGAUUAAUGGAUUUCACAAACAGACAAAUGGGCUGAGAGGUUGUGUUGCAGAUGACGGUGUGCCACUGUUUGGGGCCAGUCCAAUAAAAUAUUGUCAUUA